UGAAAUUUUGAUAUCUCGGUCCGUGCUAUAUUUUUCGGAUCAAAAAUGUUGGUGAAGAACAUUUUUAUGGAACUACGUUCCCGUUUACGGAGUUGCAAUGUUUAUAUUACGACCAAUGUGGAUUUUAAAAAGGAGUGUAAUUUGAAAAUAAGUAUACAAUCGAAUUGCAUAGUACUAAAUUAUUAUGAUAGUCCCCAUUAUCAUAAUAAUUUAGUUACAAUGAAAAGGAGGGAUAGUUUGUCGUCCAUUGAAAGUCUUUCUGACUUUUCCGAAGAGGAAUCAGAUAUCACAUGUAUAAUUCCCAUACAGGAAUUCUGUUUUAUAAUACCUAAUUCGAUGUCCUGCCUCAAAAUUGAAAAGAAUACAAUAUCGUUUAGAAUUUUAACAGAACCAAAAAAUGGUGGAAAUUUUUACGCUGAAUACAUUUCAAUUGAAGAACAUAAAGAAAUUAAAGUUGAGAAAAUGAAUGUUAAUUUGAAAACAGAGAGUGAAGUGAAGUUUCUCUGUGCAAACUGUUCUAAUGUUAUUUCGGAUAAUUUUGUUAAAUUUGAUAGAAUUUUAGAAUUGCCAUCUACUAAUAUGGAUAUGUCAGAAUGGUUUUGUCAUGGUCACGGCCACGGUCAUGAUCCUGGCCAUGGCCAUCCAUCGCAGGAUAUGUUAAAACCUAAAAAGUUAGAUUUUCUACACCGACUUACAUUUUUUGUUGUCAACAAUAAUAUUCUAUCGGAAAAAGUUAAUAAAUUUAAUUCUAAAAGAACUGUCUACCAUUGCAACAGAUGUCUAGCGUGGUUGGGUCUUAAGAGUAAGGAUACGGUGAAAUUGUACAAUGAUGAUAUUAAAAUCCAUGACAAUAACACAGACAAACAUGUGUUUAGCCAUAAAAAUUCUAUCAAUAACAUAAGCACAGAUGAUUUUAUAUAUACAAUAGAAUGUAUGACUCGAGAAUUCAAUCUCGGCUUGCAAUACACGAUGAUGUGCAAAAUAGUUCUAGAAUGUACAAUGUCAGCAACAACAAAACAAUAUUUAUUGAUAUGGGUUAUGGAUAGAGAGUUACAAGUCUUAAGAAAUGUUGAAAAUGAGAAUCAAAAUGAUAAAGUAACAUUACAAUCUAGUUUUUUAACAAAAAUUUUGUAUAAAAUUGAAACUGAAAUGACUGAUGAGGUUGAAUCCUGGCUCUCCGACCCCACUGUUGUUUCAACUGAUAUAUCUAAAAGUAUGUUCUGUCAGGGAAUAAGUCAUUUGGAGCUCAUGUCUUUGAAGAUACCGGAAUCUUUCCGUUACACAAAUGGUUAUUGCAUCAGUUAUUUAAAAGCUUGAAAACCAAAUAAAGAAAUUUAAUUACA